AAUGGAUUACACUUGCAAGACUUGUUCGAAAAAGUUCACUCAGCUGAGAAGUUUAACUCGUCAUGAACGGUCUGUUCAUAGAGAGAAGAAGUUUAUUUGUGAUCAAUGCAGUGCGUCCUUUACACGGAAGGAUGAUUUGAAGCGGCAUCAGAAGCGACAUCAAGGAAUCACUACUCAUACUUGUGAGAACUGCAGAAAAAAGUUUUACCGUCGUGAUAAUUUAGUAGAGCAUCAAGUUCAAUGCCAAGGGAACCCUUUGAAAAGAGGACGUGACGAAGACGAUAGCAGUCGAGCCCCGAAGAAAGUACGAGUCGAGAAUCAAAUUGGAGAAGGUGAGCCAGAUAAUCAAGUCCAAGAAAACAACAACCCCUGCAGUUCAACAACAGCUUUUGAAGAUUCCUUGAAGAAAAUCGAGUUGAAGCCACGAAAAGAUCAAAAGCAAGAUAUGUCUCGCUUCUUACGCGGCAAGACAAGACCGAUUCUGACACAUCUUUCCAACGAGUUAGUAGAGAAAAGAGGCAUUAAAUGGUUCAUCAGCGUUAAAGUGCGGUUCAUUAAACCUAAACCUGACGGUGAAGACCUGAGUACCGAACCCCAUUUCCGCAGUCUUUGUAUGAAAACCGUAAAUCAACACGAACUCGAUAAUCAACUAGACGAAGCCAAGCAGAAAAUCACCCAAUCGCUAGUGUUAUUUCAAAAAGAAGGAAGUGGUUGGGUCUUGGACAAAAUACUUCAUCUUGACCUGAGUAUAGCUCAGUAUACUCCAGUGAGGGGAUCCAGCUACAUUCCUCUUCCCAACAAGCUCAAGACUAAGAAAGCUAUUAUCAACAUCAGGAAUUCUGAUAACAAGUGUUUCAUGUGGUCUAUUCUUGCUGCUCUACAUCCAAUUCCAUACAGUUUCAAGAUAAACUUGAUUGCAGCGGUAUUGAAUUUCCUGUCACUGUUGACAAGAUUGAAAAAUUUGAACGUCAGAAUAACAUCUCAGUCAAUGUAUUUGGCUUCGAAGACGUGUUCUUUUCCUUGCAUAUCACAAAGGAACACUUUGAUAUCCACGUCAACCUGUUACUAUACUCCCAGGGAACAACCAGACAUUACUGCCUCAUCAAAGAUCUAAACAAGUUUCUCUACAGUCAAAAUCGGAAAAAGGCUCGAAUGUUCUAUUGCCGGUACUGUUUACAUGGAUUUAUCAGAGAAGACCUACUCCAAGAUCACGAACCCCACUGCUCACAACACGGUCCACAGCGUAUCGAGCUCCCAGACGAGGACAAUGCAACACUAUUUUACAAAGAUUACCAUAAGCAGUUGAAAGUGCCCUUUGCGAUCUACGCCGACUUCGAAAGUCUUACAACAAAGAUUGACUCGACCCAACCUAAUCCUGAAAAAUCCUUUACUGAAAAAUAUCGGCACCAUCAACCUUGUGGAUUUUCAUACAUCGUAGUGUCUGACUAUGACAAGCAUUCCAAAUCACCUGUUGUUUAUCGUGGAGAAGAUGCAGUCGAUAAGUUUCUGGAGUGUUUAGAAGAAGAGCAAAAAUAUAUUCAAGAAAAACUUGAUUUCGUCGAGCCAAUGCGAAUUGAAAGAGAUGAAGAGCAGGCGUUUCAAGAUGCAGUCAAUUGUCAUAUCUGUGGGUUGAGUUGGGAGCUGAUCGUGUUCGUGACCACUGUCAUCUCACCGGAAAGUUUCGUGGAGCUGCACACAACGACUGCAAUUUGAACUACAGUUUUACUGGACGAAUUCCGGUUAUUCUUCACAACCUACGCGGCUAUGACUCUCAUCUGAUCAUGCAAGGGCUUGGUAAGCUCAAAGACAAGAAGAUAAACUGCAUCCCGAAUAACACCAAGAAGUACAUCUCUUUCUCCAUCGAUAAUUUGGAUUUUAUCGACUCUCUGCAAUUUAUGAAUGCAUCACUAGAAAAGUUAGUAUCGAAUCUAGCAAAGAACGGUGCUGACAAGUUCCCAACUCUAAAGAAAUACAUUGAUAGCGAUAAAGUGCCUUUACUGCUGAGAAAAGGCGUCUACCCUUACGACUACAUGGAUUGUGCGGAAAGAUUUGCAGAGUCAACCCUACCACCGAAAGAGUCAUUUUACAACGUACUGAACGAUGAACAAGUUUCAGAUGAGGAUUACGCCCACGCAACGACUGUGUUUAAUAGAUUCGCGUGCCAGAACAUGGGUGAUUACCAUGAUUUGUAUUUGAUGUCUGAUGUUCUUCUCCUUGCGGAUGUGUUUGAAAAUUUCCGAAGCGUCUGCUUGAAAGCUUACAACUUGGAUCCUUGUCACUUUUAUACGAGUCCUGGACUAGCUUGGCAAGCGUGUUUGAAAAUGACUGGCGUGGAACUCGAGCUUUUGACCAAUCCAGAUAUGUAUUUAUUCAUUGAGGAAGGUCUUCGCGGCGGAAUUUCGAUGAUAAGUAAUCGAUUUAGCAAGGCAAACAAUCCCUAUGUUCCUGACUACGAUCCCAAGCAGGAGAAUUCCUAUGUGAUGUAUUUCGACGCUAAUAACCUCUAUGGCUGGGCCAUGUCACAACCGCUACCAACGGGUGAAUUCGACUGGCUAACCGACCAAGAGAUUGCAGAACUUGAUAUCACAGACGUUGCAGAUGAUAACGAGCAAGGUUAUGUAUUAGAGGUAGACCUUCAUUAUCCCUCCGAAUUGCACGAUCUUCAUAAUGAUUACCCUCUAGCACCUGAGAGAAUGAAAGUUUCCUCAGAGAUGUUGUCACCAUACUGCCAGGAACUGUCAGAAUGUUUGAAUCUUCGUGGUGGUGCUGUACCUAAAUUGGUUCCGAAUCUUCGAGACAAGACCAACUACGUAGUCCAUUACCGCAACUUAAAGCAAUACCUGGCACUUGGUAUGAAGUUGACAAAGAUCCACCGCGUUAUAGUAUUCCAACAAAGCCCAUGGCUAAAGUCUUAUAUCGACUUUAAUACCGAAAAACGAAAGCACGCAGAAAACGACUUCGAGAAAGAUUUCUACAAGUUGAUGAAUAACUCGGUGUUUGGAAAGACCAUGGAGAAUCUAAGGAAACGGGUCAACGUCAAACUCGUCAACGACAAGGCUAAACUAUCCAAAUUAAUAGCAUCCCCAUCGUUUGACUCCUUCCGCAUAUUUUCCGAGGAUCUAGCAGCCGUGAAUAUGAAGAAAAGGAAACUCUACCUAAACCGUCCAAUUUAUGUGGGAUUUGCAAUCCUGGAUCUCUCUAAAGUACUCAUGUACCAGUUUCAUUACGAGUACAUGAAACCUAAGUAUGGAUGCGACGCGAAGUUGUUGUUCACAGACACAGACAGCCUCUGUUAUGAAAUCAAGACUAACGACAUUUAUCAUGAUAUGCUGGAAGAUAAAGAGCUAUUCGACACAUCUGAAUACGCACAAAACCAUCCAUUGUACAGCCUAACGAACAAGAAAGUACUUGGCAAGAUGAAGGAUGAAACGCAUGGCGUUCCAAUUCAAGAGUUCGUCGGUUUGAGGCCAAAGAUGUAUUCUAUUCUCUAUACCGAAAACGACAAGCAGGUGGAGAAGAAAACAGCUAAAGGGAUAAAGAAGUCAGUAACGAAGCGAAAGCUUCGUCAUGCUGGUUACAGAGAAUGUUUGUUUGAGAAGAGACAGACAAUGACUAGCAUGAAUCAAAUUCGAAGUGAAAGCCACGAGAUCUAUUCGAUUAAAUUGAAUAAGAUUGGUCUUAGUCCAUAUGACGACAAACGCUAUAUUUUGAACGAUGGAAUGAACACGCUCGCUUAUGGGCAUUACAAAACGAAAUCAUGAGAAUAUUUUACAUAUUCAGUUUUAGUAACAUAUUAUAUAAUAAACGUAUUGUUCUUGUUAAAUACACUUCUUUAUGGAUUUUUAAAUGUUGAACACCUAUGUAAAUGUUAUUAAAUACAUAGAGAAAUAACAGUUGAAUAACUAUGUUUGUUAAUACAUAGAAAAAUAACAGUUGAAUAGGUACCUAUGUUUGUUAAAGGAUGUGUGUCAACCGUCAUGCUUUGCAUUGUUAUUGUUUACAAUCUUACCUCAGAAAGUGAUUGUACGGCAAUUAAUAACGAUAAAAAACAUUUCUGUGUUCCAUUCUUAGGAUAA